CAUUUCUCCCUCCCCAUUCUCACAAUAUUCUCCUUCUCCCUCUCUCUCCCUCCCACAUUGCUCUCCUCCCAACCCCUUUUGCAGCCGAAAGAAGCACAAGAAACCAGCCAUGGAAGCCACCUUCCCCAUCUUCCUCAACCUUCUCCUCAUCCUCUCCCUCCUCUCCCUCUCCUCCGUCUCCUCCCUCUCCGUUCUCCCCACCACCGACUUCGCCAUCGGCGGCGACGGAGAAUGGGCCAUUCCCUCCUCCAAAAAUCCCGAUUUCUACAACAAAUGGGCCUCCAACAACAGAUUCAAAGUCAACGACACCAUCCAUUUCAAGUACGAUAAGGAUUCAGUCAUGGUGGUGACGGAGUCUGAGUACAGCAAGUGUCGAUCGAUGCACCCGAUCUUCUUCUCCAACAAUGGCAGAACUAAGUUCAAAUUCGACAGAGUGGGACUCUUCUACUUCAUCAGUGGCGUCAGCGGCCAUUGCGAGAGGGGAGAGAGAAUGAUCGUUAAGGUGAUAGCAGCGCCAGUUGCAACACCACCGGAGGGGAUAGACGAUGAUAACUCACCAAACUCUACCGCUGGCGCUCUAUCUUCUUCUUUGCUUCACGUCUUUUUGUUAACUGUUGGAAGUCUAGUGUUGAUGUUUUAGGGUUUUUAAUAAGUGAGGCGAGUUUAGGUUGAGAAUUGCUUUUGUUCUUAGUAUGGUUGUUUGGUUUUCUCUUUGUGGUCCGUUUCUUUGGUAGUACUGACAGUUUUGAUGUUCUUAGAAGGGUUAUUUGAUGUGGAAAUGUGUAUUUUUUUUAAA